AUGCUCGCCUCGCUUUUGCGUCCUCGCAAGCCCCGCUGGCAUUCCUUUCACCCCUAUCACCCCGCCAUGUCUGCGUCUGGCCUUCCAGCCGCCCAGGAGACAACGCCCUUUCUGCAGAGCAUUCUGCGCGACGACAACAGUCUUGCACCAACCGCUCCUUUCGACUGGAAUGAACACCUUGACGACGAGAACGGCGAUGAUGAGCAAGACGAGCUUGUCCUCGACGACGACAGCGUCCAUGGCCCUCUUUUGCCGAUCUUCUCCUCACCUCACCUCGACCUCAUCCCAGUAUACACCACUACCCACUCCAUUCGCCUCCUGAUUGAGGUGCGAUGCGAGACUACCCUGACUUGGGACCAGCUGCGGUCCCCCCAAAUCUCCCAAUUCCUCCUCAAGCCGAUCCAGCAGCAAAUCAGAGAAUGCCACUUCGACAGAUCCACUCUCUACGCCUUAAUGGCAAACUGCCUCCAGUUUAAUAAGGAAGCCGAAACAAACCCAGGAAACAGCGGAACCUGUCGCACCAGGGCCCUUGUUGCCGAGCUGCUGGCCAUCAAACUCCUGAGAGAAUAUACCACACGGGAGUUGAUCGAUGCUCUCUCAUACGACUUUUAUCCUCUCCAAGGACAAGAUCCCCGUCUCUUCCCUACUGCUUUGCGCGCCUCCACGUGGAAUGGCUCCUCCAAAAACAAGCAAGCAAUGGGCCAUGCUCGCAUUUCUUGUCUCGAAAUUUCCAUCCGUGCCCAAGCCAAGCGUUUCAUCGCUCAUCCCCUUGUCGUCCAGCAUCUGGAAGCUAUCUGGGCUGGCACUAUUGUCUUCCACUCGGCCGCCGAUAACCUACACCGUCCACAACGUACUGCAGCUUCUCGUUCUCACGCUCUUUACGGAUCGACCAAUCCUACUGGAGUCCAACAGCACAACAAGCACCCAUCCUCCUCCGUUCUGUCUCCAGAGUAUCCGCGCAGGACCGCCACGCUCUAUGAUCCGCGUGAUGCGUCUCUAUUCAAACUGUCCCGGCUCAGGGUUCCCCGUUAUAGACAGUUUCUUUCCACCAUCUCCUUUGCGGUCCUACUCGGUCUCUACCUCGCUGUUCUCGCCGAACGUUCUAUGCACAUUACCACCGUUGAGGUAAUCUUCUGGUUUUGGAGCGCCGGUUUUAUCCUCGACGAAAUCGUUGGUUUCAACGAACAGGGUUUCGGCUUAUACCUCAUGAGUUUUUGGAAUCUUUUUGACCUCGGCAUAUUGUUGCUACUCUUCUGCUACGCAAUACUUCGUCUAUACGGAAUGGCAAUGCCCGAUCCUGACCACCUGAAAGUUGUGCGCCAGGCAUAUGAUAUUUUAUCAGCAAGUGCCAUUCUUCUCUUUCCACGCCUGUUCUCAGUCCUCGACCACUACAGAUAUUUCUCCCAACUGUUGAUCGCAUUCCGCAUCAUGGCCGCAGACCUCAUGGCAGUGUUCUUGUUGAUUGUCGUUGCCUGUAGUGGCUUUCUAGUCGCAUUUUCUUUUUCGCCUGACUCGUCCCAGUCACCUCCGGAAGUAGUCUACGCUUUGUUUCAGAUACUAAUGGGGUUUACCCCCACGGCUUGGAGUAUCUGGGAAGAGUCAAACAUUAUCGGACGCGUCAUUUUGACUCUUUUUCUCUUCAUUUGUCAUUUUGUCGUUGUGACGAUUCUAAUCACCGUCCUGACCAAUUCUUUCAUGGCCAUUGUGAAAAAUGCCAACGAAGAGCAUCAGUUCGUCUUCGCCAUAAACACCAUCUCCAUGGUCAAAUCAGAUGCGCUAUUCUCCUAUAUCGCACCUUCGAACAUCAUCGGCUGGCUGGUAUCACCCUUGAGAUACUGUAUCCCGUUCCGCGACUUUGUCAAGCUCAAUCGCACCCUGAUUAAAAUGACCCACUUUCCCAUCUUGUGGUCAAUUUGCUUCUACGAAAAGAUAAUUCUUUGUCCACGAAUAAUUGAUCCCGCUGAUUUGAUCCAAGGCGCUCCUCGUGCUAAUGGCCGUUCUACAACUGUCCUGCGUGCUAGGAACAAACGUCUUAGCCGCUUCGACUCUUUUAAUCGUCUCACUCGUGAGCCGUCUAUCGCCACUCAUCAGCAAGACCGGGUUUUGGAAGAGCUAUUCCGUACACCAUUCCGACAAGAGCCAUUGCAAGGCACCAGCGAGAGCCGCACCAGAAGUCGAAAGUCCACAAUGGUGAACCAUUGGAUGCAAGGCAUGGAUGCUGAAGAUCACAUUCCUAAAUUUAAUCCUGCUCUUCGCAAAAUGGGCUCAACUUUACGCCGUAACUAUACCGAGACGACACGAUCUGCCGCAUCUGACCCCGAGGAAUUCAUCAGCUAUAGCAGCCUUCGCCCCGUACCUGAACACUCGAUUUUGUAUGGCUCAGCAACACACAUGGCAAGACGUGCCUCCCACGCAACUGAUGUUGAGGGCGAUGAUGAAAAGUCCAGUGAUGAGAACAACGAUGAUGAGUCGGACUUGGGACAAUCGUCAAUGCACGGCUCGAAAACUGAAUCCAAAAAACCGGAACGGACACCUCGGUCCAGCGAAAAGAACAGCAAUAAGACCCCACCAAAAUUCUUCAGUUCUCGCCCAUCUACUGCUGUAUACACCUCGCGCAAAAAUAGUCCGCAUAGACCACGUCAUCACGAGCGCAAUCCCUCUGGCGUUACCGUCCUCCACAGGGCCCCAGGUGAUGCUGACCACAGUUCCGACGAUUCGCUACCUGGUCCAUCAUCGCCUCUGAAACGUACCGAAACUCGAAGGCCCGGUCUUCCCCCGCGACAAGAAUUCAUGUCGGUUCCUAACAUCCACCGCAUUGGGUCGGACAUGGGCGAGCCUGGUGUUCUACCUUCCAGUUUGGCCACUCAGCUCGCACCUGAUAACGACAUUCUUGGGAGACUUGUUUUAGCUCGAAUGAGUAACAUUGAAGAAGGAUUCCGCGAGGUAUUGAAGGAGGUGAAAGACAUGCGCGGCAGGUCUGCUCGCGAACCGAAAAUGGUAUUCCGCAACGACAUCGACAACGAAAUUUACCCGUGA